AAAAUACGAAGUACAAUUAUAUUUUUAAAAGUGAAUGAGUGGAUAAACAAAUAAAAAUGUGGUGCAGCAUGCUGAGAAAUGCUUUGGAGGUGUUGGAAGGUGAAAAAUAAAUAAAAAGGGAGAAAAAUGAUUGGGGAUUUUGUUUUAUCCCUAGAAAAGUGGAUAAAUGGUGAGAUUGUUGAGUGAAGGUGGUCACAUGUUAGAGUUGUAAACCACUAGAGGCAGUAGCAGCGGUACGAGAAUAUGAGAUGAUACAUAGAGGAUAGAGGGCAUAGAGGCAGAGGGUAGAGCAUUCAUGCGCAGAGAAUCGUAAAGGCCGACUGACGAGGAUAAAUUGUUGGAAUAAUAUGCUGGACACAUCUAGUCGCCCAAGUGCAUCAAGUGAAACACCGGACACGAACGAAGAAACAACUGAUAAAAUGAAGAUGGCGGAUGGUUCAGCUAUAUUGAGGAGAAACAGGCCAGGAACGAAGGCUAAGGACUUCUGCAGAUGGCCGGACGAGCCCUUUGAGGAGAUGGACAGUACUCUGGCAGUACAGCAGUAUAUCCAACAAAUGAUUCGACGAGAUCCAACAAAUAUAGAUUUAAUUUUAACUAUGCCAGAGGCACAGGACGAGGGUGUAUGGAAAUAUGAACACCUAAGGCAAUUUUGUAUGGAAUUGAAUGGUUUAGCUGUUAGACUACAGGAUGAUUGUGAUCCCCAGUCUUGUACACAAAUGACUGCCACUGAGCAGUGGAUAUUCUUGUGCGCUGCACAUAAAACACCUAAAGAAUGCCCAGCAAUCGAUUAUACAAGGCAUACACUGGAUGGUGCUGCCUGUUUAUUAAACAGUAAUAAAUAUUUUCCAAGCAGAGUUAGCAUCAAGGAGUCAUCCGUUGCUAAACUAGGAUCAGUUUGUCGAAGGGUCUAUCGAAUUUUUUCACAUGCUUAUUUUCAUCAUCUGACGAUAUUCGAUCCUUUUGAACAUGAAACCUAUCUUUGUCGAAGGUUUACAGCAUUUGUAACAAAAUACAAACUCAUGUCUAAAGACAAUCUGAUAGUUCCAAUAUCGAAAGAUGACAGUGCAACCGAAAGCGAGGCGUAAAUCAACUUAUGAAAAAUCACCAAGUCAUUCAAUUUCCGCACGAGAAAUUUACUCUGAAAAAUGGAAUUUUUCACCCUCGGACAUAAAUUCAUCACCAAUCAUUAAUUCAUCUAUAACUAAAAAUAUUAUAAGUCACGUAAUGUUCAAAAAUUAUUGGAGAAACAUUCGUAUCGAUUAGUUUUUCUCUUUAGGAAAAUUACACCAUUCACCGUACCCAAUCGAGAGUUUAAUUCACAUUAAAUAUUCAUUAGCUUUUUUCCAUUCUACUCAUUUAUUUUUUAGCAGAGGAAAGCAAGAUGAUUGAUAUACAUAAAAGAUUCGACGAUUAAUUAUUGUGAUUAUGAUAGAAUUUCCAUGAAAAAUUGAAUAAAAGUUUUCAAAUGUCAUUAUUUAGCCCAUUAGAAUUAAAUGUUGUGAGACGCUAAUAUUUAUACAGUAUUCAUCACUUCCUAAAGAACGAAAAAGUGUUAGAGUAAAAGCUAGGCAUUUUUCUCUCUUUGUCGCCAAUUAGAACUCUCCGAUUACUAGUUAUAGUUUUUUAAGGGGAAAAGAAAUCAAAUAAUAUUAUCUAAAAAUAUAAUAUAAGAUUACAGUGUUUGAUUCAAUUAAAAUCGAUGAAUAAAAUCCCUUCGAAUGACUAGAAUUUCAAAAAUGAAAAUAUUCGAUUAAUUAAAAAAGAAGAGUUCAAUCAAUUGGAAGUAAUCAUUGGCAUUUAAAAAAUAAUAAAUUAUUGUUUUUGAAGAUAAUAAAGGGUGGGAAAAAGAAAUUAUUAAAAAAUCAUAAAUAUAAUUCGCUUUUUAUCUCGAAACCUAAUUAUGUGGUGAAAUAGGAAAGAGGAGAAUGGCUUUUUCACAUUUUUUUGUAUAAAAAUUUUAAAAAUCUGAGAUUCAGUGUUAUAAAAUAAUAAACAUCAUGGUCACUGCCACUUCAAUGUGCACUGAAAUUCAUUAUUUACUGGAGAAAAAACAAUAACAACAAUUCAAGCAUAAUUCCAUCAUAACUUUCAAUUGUAAA